ACUCCCGUAACGAGCAAUUAAGUACAACGAUGACACGAUAAUAACAUGUCCGGCAACGUUUAAUUAGCCUCUCGAAUUGCCGUGGGUAUAUUUUUUCGUAACUGGAGGGCACAUCUUUACACACUUGGUUUAUACUAUAUCACUUCUUCGUUUUUUUUUUCAUUUUUUUUCAUCAAUGUUAGUAGAUCAAAGGCACUGCGACGAGUGUCACGGUUAAAAGUGAUAUAACUAGUAAUUCUUUUAUACAAAAGAAUGUGACUUAUUAUGUUGCGCUUUUCACUUUAAUAAUCGUUGUGUAUCGCGUCUUUAAUUAAAAAAAAAAAUGAUUUACUUGUGUUAUUAUGUCAAUGUGCGUUGAAUAUUAAAAUAUUCAAUAAAAGAAAUGAUAAUUAAGUAGUCGACUUUCAUUAGGGAUUUUACGAUUUUGAUUGAUUCGAAUUCAGUUGAUAUUAUGUUUUUGUGUAUUAUGCUUUUUGCUCUAGAAAUUGCAUUAUCAGGAAUUCCAACCGUAGGAAGUAUGGGACCGUUGGUUUAUGAUUACACUCAGGCAGGUCAACACCUCUGGCCUAAAGAUUAUCCCAACUGUGGAGGAUCUUGGCAGUCUCCCGUCAUCGUAGCUGCGAGUCGAUCGAUAGCUCUGCCACUUCCGGCCUUGGAAAUGAUCGGUUAUCGCAAUUUCUUGCGACCUCCCGUGGUCAUGAAAAAUAAUGGACACACAGUGGUUAUAAGUAGCAAAAAAUCGGCAAAUAAAUCAAAAUCCCCGUAUAUAUUCGGAGCGAUGCUGGAGGAAAAGAUAGAAUACGAAUUCGAGAGCUUUCAUUUUCAUUGGGGUAUAAGGAACAAUCGGGGUUCUGAACACGUUUUACACGGAACAAGAUAUCCUUUGGAGAUGCACUUGUUGCACCGAAACAAGAAAUACGUGAAUGUAGAAUCGGCCCUCGAUCACGAGGAUGGCUUAGCGGUACUAGCGGUAUUUUUUCACCUGGAGGAAGAAGAUAACGAAGUACUCAAACCAAUAAUCGCUCAUCUAGCCGAAGUCCAAUGGAUCAAUUCUCAAACCAUAAUGAAUUACACCUUCGCCCUGUCCUCGCUGCUACCGCCCGAUUUGGACACUUUUUACACCUACAAAGGAUCGCUGACCUCGCCACCCUGCAACGAGGCAGUCACGUGGAUGGUCUUCGCCUCGACCGUGCCGAUAUCCUUUCAACAGAUGAGCAAAUUCAGAUUGCUCUCGAGCGGCAAGGGCAUAUUAGCCGACAAUUACAGAUACCUGCAGGACCUUGGCAGCCGAAAAGUGUAUGUGCGGAGGAUGAAGAACGUUAACGCGAGCAAGAAUCAACUGUUCGAUAUAGACGUGGCGACGCUGAAAUGGAACUGGCAAUGAGCUCAAGUAUUCAUAAAUGUAAAUAAAAUUUUUUUUU